CUUAAAGAUCACCAGCCUCCCCUCAAGCAGAUAUUUUGCCCCAUGUUCUUUCUGCUAGCGCAGCUUGCUAAGCGGUCCUUUCCUCCUCGCCUCCCAUAUCCUACUUCUGGACACUUCGAGGUAUUGAAUCGUCCGUGAACUUUUUAACUAUGCAACUCUGAUCUUUACUGUUACUCAGCGGCUUCUCACCUACAAUUCCUCCCACUCUCCGUUUAGCGCCUCAAUUGCCACCGGCUGCCCUCGACUACACCCGACUACCAUGGCCACGCAGAUUGACCUUCUCCUCGCCGAACAUUCGGCGGGGAGUAUACCGGAGGAACCUCAGCCAGGGCCGUCCGCUGCCCCCUCGCUUACAUAUUCCGAGUCGUCUGACGAACAUGAAUUGGAAGAGCCCCACCACCCUGUGCCGCGUCCUCGGCGCGCAUCGACGCGCUUGAUUGCGCAGAGCCCGGCCGACGUGCAGCGCAUCACGGGCGAAACCACGACUCAAUUGAUUAGGCGUUGCUGCGGCGGCGGCUGCUGUCUCGGCCUUGGUCCGAAGAAGGAGGGCAUCGAGUUCGAGAGCAUAGAUUUCCCUGAUAAUGACGCCUACCGAUCCCUGCUGCUCAAGAUCGACCGGAUACCUACCACCCUGACAGCUGUGUGCGAUCUACCCGAGCAGACAGCUUUUCUACAACCACUCCGGCGGCCAUCCAAUCUGCCAUCUCCACCCGAAUCAAGCGUUGCACUGGACGCAGAUGCUGCCCCAACCUCGCCCUUGGGCAACGUUGAAAAGACGUUGCAAAAUUUAACCCUCGAAAAAACCGACACACGGAUAGAGCCGCCUUCAUUUGUGCAGCCACAUCCGCCACACCACGUCUUCGCUGCGCGGAUUCACAACACACGCGAGCUAACACGGCCCGGCGCCGAGAAGCGAACGUUCCACUUUGAUCUUGACGUCACAAACUACCCCGAGGGCGAAGGUGUUGACUUCAAGGUUGGGGGUGCCAUUGGGGUCGCGGCACCCAACGAAGAGUCCCUGGUCGAGGAGGUGCUCGAUCUCCUUCUCGUGCCCCGUUUCCUGCGCGACAAGCCUGUGCUGCUCCGGACAACCAAAGGGCGAUGGCCCACGGUCUGGGGUAGCGACCAGGCGCGUGAACUCGUCACAACUCGUCGGGACUUGUUGACGUGGUGCUCGGACAUCCAGUCGUACCCGCCAACAAAGCAGCUUCUCCGUGUCCUGGCCGAGCACGCCAUCGACGAAAACGAGCGCAAAGUCCUCCUGUACCUUUGCUCGGCUGAAGGCCAGGGUGUCUUUUGCGAUUUCCGGACGGGUCCUCAUGUGACGUUGGUCCAGCUUCUGCACGCCUUCCCCAGCGCCAAGCCGCCGUUGGAUUAUCUCCUCUCCGUCUUGCAGCCCCUUAUGCCCCGCUUUUACUCCUUGUCAAACGACCCCCAUGAGUCGUUCCUGACACGCGACGGCAAGCAGCACCGGCUGAUUGAAAUCGCCGUCACCGUACAUACGACGACCGACUGGCGCUCGGGGAGUCGGGAUGGCGUCGGCUCGGGCUUCUUCCAGCGACAAGCACUCAAGUUCCUCGAAGCCCAGAAGCGGGGCGAGAAAGACCCCGAGUUCUACAUCCCCAUGUUCAAGGGCCUGAUGGCGAACCCUCUCGCUAAGCAGUUCGUGUCGGACGGCCCGAUGCUGUUGAUUGGAGCUGGCGUUGGUAUUGCUCCAUUCCGCGGCUUCGUACAGCGCCGCCUCAAGACGGCCAACUGCGCGAACAAGGUCUGGGUGCUUCAAGGCAUCCGUGACUCGUUGGUUGACGAGCUGUACAGCGGCGAGUGGGGUGUCCACGAAGAUGAGGUCAAGAGGGUUGUCGAGAGCCGCCGCGGUGAGGGCCGCUAUGUGCAGGAAGAGGUCAAAGCUCAGUCGGACCUUGUUUGGUACAUUAUUAAUUCCGUCGACGGCCGCGUUUUUGUAUGCGGAAGCACCAAGGGCAUGGGCGAGGGUGUUGAGAAGGCUCUCGUCGAGGUGGCGAUGGAAAAGGGCAAUUUGCAGCGCGAGGAGGCCCAGGAGUUCUGGAACCUGAAAAAGGAGGCCGGGCAAUACAUCGCCGAAACUUGGUGAUAUUUGCUCGCUCUGAGGGAUAGCACCCAUCCAUUUUCUUUUCCUGGAGAAUUGGCAACAUAACUGGCAAAGAAAAAACAGUAGACCAGGGCGUUUGGGCACAUGCAUUCAAGGCGAAUCGGGCGUUUCUGACAUUUAUACCGUGAACCCGGACAGGAUACUACAUAGAGGAGUCGAAGACAGGGCAAUCCGACCGAGGGCUGUGACUGUAAUAAGUAGAUUGAGUUUUAUACCAGUCGUGUUAUCGCGGGGUAUAUUUGCUCCUCACGUCUGCCGCCGGGCAUUCCUGUUCAUAUUCUAGUUUCAUUGUCAAUAUAUACCAUCCC